AUGUCCCUUCAAAAGGCCCCACCCACCCAACCAAUCCGACACCCGAUCUUGCGCGUCCCAGCCCACCUGCGCCGGGCCCACCCACAUGCCUUCGAACCCCAGACCCUUUCCCUCGGCCCCAUCCAUCAAGACGACGAAUGGAAAGACUCGUUCACCUUCAAAUCCAACUCCAUUUUCGCCUCUCUCUCCAGACCCGACUCUGCUUUCAAACCCGACGAGCUCUGGAGCUGCAUCACCAAACACCUAUUAGAAAGAGAAAGCAUCACCACCAUCCUAUCAAAGAUAAAGGAGGCGCAGAAUAAAGAAAUUACAGUCGUGAGAGAUGUUCUUUUCCUAGUCUCCUGCUUCCUAACCGAUCUUCACACAAACCGAGAAAUGCUACGAAGUAAAUACGGAGUAGCUGCCAUUAACGAUAUUGUAAAGCUCGACAACCAGUUGCUGCUCGAGCUCGUUCGGGCGGUUGUUGUGGAGCUUCCUUCUGUACUAAAAGCCACCGGACCCGAAAAGUCGGAGAAUAGUAAUACAAACGAAGUUUCCACUUCUGAACCCGAAACAUUUCGGGUCGGGUUCUCAGAGGACGAUAUCCCGCGAGUCAUUCAAAGUUUCUGCCAGUUCUACUCGCCUUUUCCGCAACCUAACUCGGCGAGUCUUGAGUGGGGUAAGAAAAAGACUCUGUUGGACUGCUUACACACAACCAUUUCCGGCGACUUCGAGUCUACAGAAGCGGAAACUAGCACGGCUCGGUUUGAAAUAGCAGAGAGAGAUUGCCCAACAGCUAAAGAGGUGGUUCGGCUAGGAAUCCGGUUCGAACCGGAAGGGGUUCCGAACAUAUCCGAGAUUCGUUUCGAGAACGGUGCUGUACGGUUACCGGCUCUGGUUUUGAAAGAGCUGACGGAAACGGUUAUACGGAAUCUGAUGGUUCUAGAAGCUUCUUCCAAGGAAAAGCCGGUAUCUGAUUAUAUCCGGUUCUUGAACAGGAUGUUGGAGAGCGGAGAUGAUGUUGCGGUGUUACGGAAAGCCGGGGUUUUGAAGGGGUAUUUAGGGAAAGAUGAGAAGGUGGUGGAAUUUCUGAAGUCAUUGGAUGACUUUCACUUCCUUCAUGGGUGCUAUGUUCAUCCCGUUCAGAAGGCUUUGGAGGAUUUGCAGACUCAUUACGAUGAGAAAAUGAAGAUAAAGGAAGCGCAAGUAAACCGUUUGGCUGAAAACAUUGAAAAGAAGGAAUGGAAUGUGGAGCGUUUGGUUAAGCACGUUGAGAAGAAGGAAGAGCUUGUGGACUGUUUGGUUGAGAACAUUGAGAAGAAUGAAGGGCAUGUGAACCAUUUGGUGGAGAAUAUUGAGAAGAAUGAAAGGCAUGUGAACUGUUUGGCUGAGAACAUUGAGAAGAAGGAACGGUAUGUGCAUUGUUUGGCUGAGAACAUUGAGAAGAAAGAACGGCAUGUGGACCGUUUGGUUGAGAACAUUGAGAAGAAUGAAGGGUAUGUGAACCGUUUGGCGGAGAAUAUUGAGAGGAAUGAAAGGCAUGUGGACCUUUUGGCUGAGAACAUUGAAAAGAAGGAAGAGCGCGUGAAUUGUUUGGUUGAGAAUAUUGAGAAGAAGGAAGGGCAUGUUAACUGUUUGGCAGAAAAAAUUGAGAAAAAGGAAAUGCAUGUGGACCAUUUGGCUGAGAACAUUGAGAAAAAGGAAGGGCAUGUGAACCGUUUGGUAGAGAACAUCGAGAAGAAGGAAGGCCAUUUGGCUGAGAACAUCGAGAAGAAGGAAAGCCAUGUGGACCGUUUGGCUGAGAACAUCGAGAAGAAGGAAGAGCAUGUGGGCCAUUUGGCUGAGAACAUAGAGAAGAAGGAAGUUUAUGUGGGCAGUUUGGCUGAGAACAUUGAGAAGAAGGAAGUUCAUGUGAACCGUUUGGCCGAGAAUAUUGAAAAGAAUGAUAGGCAUGUAAACCAUUUGGCUGAGAACAUUGAUCAUUUGGCUGAGAACAUUGAGAAGAAACAUGGGCGUGUGAACCAUUUGGCUGAGAACAUUGAGAAGAAGGUAGGGAAUGUGAACCGUUGGGCUGUUUCUACCAUUGCACUUGUUGCGACUGGGUUGCUUCUGCGCCUUAGAUUUGUGCCACGAAAAUGA